AUGUCCAACCAAUACGAACGUCAAGCCGAAGACCUCUACGAGGCCGAGAACGACCCGUCCCCGGUAUCUGGCACCUUCCGGGAUAACUCGUACGCACAUGAGACGCGAUCGGGUCUGAAGAAUCAGGUCCCCGUGACUCGGGACGAUGAUAUCUAUGAGGAUCCGAUGCAGCCGCCUUAUUCCAAUUCGGAUCAGCAGCUUGCUCAAGAUGAAGACGAGGCGAUUGAUCAGAGUAAUGUGAUCCAGGGAAGGACGAGGGGCGCGAAGCCGCAGACUCGGAACCAGUAUAAUGAGGGCCCUGAUGAGGAUGAUUUGCCGGAUGAGGUGUUGUAUGGCAAUGUGGGGACUUCGAGUACUCGGUAUGCUUGA